AUGCAGCGAUAUAUCGCGAGGUCUUCUACCACCUACGUCCCCAGGCUGACUCGAGCUAUCGCACAAAAGGCUCAUUCUGCAAACCAAGGGGACCAGAAAUUCAAUGUCGGUGCGACAUUCCCAGAUGACUUUGAGGACUCGCCUUUGAAGUCCGAGAUUCUUGAGAAGCGAAACCGGAAUGAGGGGGUUGAGCCCUCUUACCAUCCCGUUCGUACAUCAUCAGACAUUUCACAUAAUGUGACGCCACUAAACAUUAACGAUCAGAAUAUCUACGAGAUAUACGAAAGUAUCCAAGGAAAACCGCCCUCGCCCCCCAAGAGUGCAAAGACAGCCAAGCCCACUCAGAAGAAGCAGCCGGAUCCUGCCGGAGAGGAGCGAGAGCCUGAGCUUGAUGAAUUGUAA